UCAUCUAGAAGUUGUAUGUUUAGCUAUAUCUCCACACACACCCAGACACCCUAGAAAUAUCGAACGCAGAUCGAGAGGGGAGAGAAAUAGAAGGGAGAGCGAAGGAAAAAAUCUCGGCUGAGAGAGAGAGAGAGUAGACUCGCCUGUAACCUCGUGCUACGUUUUUUCGCUCUAACGCUUCCGGCUGCCGGAUCUCCCUGUUGUAACCAUGACUACAUCAAGGCGUCUUGCUGAUAGGAAAGUCGAUAGAUUUGACAAGAAGGUUACAAAGAGAGGAGCUGUGGGCGAAACAAGCACCAGAAAGGGAAAGGAUUAUCCUGUUGGUCCUCUUCUCCUUGGAUUCUUCAUCUUUGUUGUCAUUGGAUCAUCUCUAUUCCAGAUAAUCAGGACAGCUUCAAGUGGAGGCAUGGCCUAAGCCGUCACUGAUUUUGGGAGAGCAGCAGCGGAUGGAUGUUUCGUUUAUUUUUCCUAUUAGCGUGUAGGGGAGAGAGAGAGGAAUACUUUUACUAGAUCAACGGAUCCUCAGUAAUGUGUACUGAAGAACUCCAAUGUUUGAUAACAAACUGCGCUUUACCAUGAAUGCUUAAUUCAAUUGUUCAUUUUAA